AUGUCUUCGAAUUUGUUCGUGGUCUCGCAUGAAAAUCCUGAGAAGGAAACGUUUGACCUCUUCUCGUCGUUUCGCUAUGACCCAGACCUUCCAAGUGCGGCCCUUCAACACCCAGAGAGCUUUCCCGAACCAUUGGACUCGCCCUACUACCUUCUGGCCUACCAACAAGAUCGAAUCAUAGCUGCUGCCCGCCAUUUCAAUUGGAAUGGGGUAUUCGACGAUGGACCGGCAUGGAUGAAUGGGGAUCCGAAAAGCCUGAUCAGAUUCCUGAGCUGGCGAGUUCCCGACAAAUCUCGACCGUGGCGAUUGAAGCUCGUUUUGCAGCACAAUGGCCAUGCAUUCUGCGAGUUUUCAGAGACAGGACCAAUGGAUCUGGAUAACUUCUUCACGCCCGAUUUACACAAAAACACAAGCUCGACUGUUUGGCGGGUUUGGGUGGACACAGAGCGUACAGAACCGUCCGAUUUCACGACACACAAGACCACAGCCCGAGAGAGCUACACCCGUGCUCAGUCCCGGGGUCAAAUUAGUCCCGGUGCCAAAUCAGAAGAGCUUCUCACGGUGAAUAUGGAUGGGGAGAUCAUGGAAGGGACUAUCACUACUCCGUACUUCCGCCGCGGCGCUACUUGGGUCACUCCGCCACUGAAGUCUGGCGGUAAUGCUGGCACAACUAGAAGAUACGCAUUGGAGCAAGGUUUCUGUACCGAGCAGGUGGUUAGUGCCUCAGAGCUGGUUGAUGGAGAGGAGUGUUGGCUAAGCAAUGGGGUACGAGGAUUUAUGCGUGGAAAGAUCUCUCUGAGCUCCCCAUCGCAAUAA